CCUCGCGCAGCAGAGGCCGCCCCUCGCGUGGCGUCACUUCCCUCCGCCCGCGCAGCAGCGGCAUCAUGGCGGAGCCCGAGGAGCAGCCGCUACCCGCCGCGGCGCAGAGCGGCGGCCGGAGCGACGGCGGCGAGGAGGCCCCGGCGGGCGGGGCCGCGGCGGGGCCCGCCGAACCGGGCCCGCCCCCGGCCGGGUCGCCGGGCACCGAGGAGCCCGCGGGCGACGCAAGAAAGAAAAUUGAUGUGCUGCUGAAGGCCGUGGGCGACACCCCCAUCAUGAGGACCAAGAAGUGGGCGGUGGAGCGAACCCGGACCAUCCAGGGCCUCGUGGACUUCAUCAAGAAGUUCCUCAAGCUGAUGGCCUCCGAACAGCUGUUCAUAUAUGUAAACCAGUCUUUUGCUCCAUCUCCAGACCAGGAAGUAGGGACUCUCUAUGAGUGUUUUGGAAGUGAUGGCAAGCUUGUACUGCAUUACUGCAAAACUCAGGCAUGGGGAUGAAUGACUGGCCACACAGUUGUUCAGGUUUUCUCUUCAAAAAUGGAGAAAGGACUAACUUAAACUCAAGCUGUAAAAACACCGAAAGAGGGAUUUUUGCAUUUCUGCCUAUGAACAUAUGAUGCAGGUGAAUAGCAUAAGCAAAGAGCUGGUUAGGCUAUACUGUCACAUGGCUUUUUUUCUGAUCUGGGGUACAGAAAAAACACCUGCACCUGCCAUGUACAGUAGAGCCAGUGUUCUUGCUGCUGACUACUUAAUUGCUGUAUCUGAAGGCAAACUAUUUCAGUUAUCUGCAGAACUGACUGGACAGCUCUGUCCAUAUGCUGUACUGAAGAUAAGAGAACCUUUCUAUUAAAAAUAAUGUCCGUUGUACAUGUAGCCUGGGAUUCAGUUUACGUCUGACUUGUUGUACAUAUGUGGUGUACAUCCUGUUCUUUGUGAAGUCUUCAUCUUGAAUGUGCAUUAUAUCAUAUCAUUUCAAGAUAGUAUUUUGAUUUUUUUUCUUGUAGUAUAUAGGAAUUGGUAUCUAGUCUAAUUACUCCACCCUUUGCCUUCAUCGUGUUGGUAAUUUGAGUACCUGAUUUAUAAUGGCACAGCAUCACGGGAAGUAUCACAAUACUUCCCGCCUGCACAAAUUUUGUAAUGUUUUGUUGAAGGCUCAGCACUUCAGCAGUUUUCAAGGUGUUUCUUCUUACACUGUUUAAUGAGUUUCAUCUUUAGCUGAAUGAUGCAACUAGCUGUUGCAUCUAGAGCUCAUGAAGAAGUAGAUAUGAGCUGCUAAAAACUCUGUAUAUUCUCUUUUUGACUGUUUUGUAUUUCACCAGCUGUGUCGUCCACUAAACAGUAGAAGGCAAUUUAUAUUCUUUUGCUAAAUCAUAGCAGUGAUAGUUGACUUGAGGUUUUUUCCAUUAUGGGGAGGACUUAGUACCUUGACGAGGAUGCUGACCUUUGCUUUUAUUUAUUGGAGAGUUUGGGUGUGAGGGGUGGAGAUUUUUAGUGGGUUUAUUUGAAAUAUCUGUUGUAAGUGUUUUAUGUUUGUUGAAGCUGAACCAAAUUAAACGUUAGUUGUUUGCUUGGAGAAUGUUCUUAUGCUGGAUGACAGUUUUUGUCCCUGAUGCAAUCCAGUUCUUCAGCACAUACAGACAAAACACCCAGUUCUAGUUUAAAUCAUGUUUUUACAAUAGUUUGGAACUGCUAUUUCAUACAUAAGUGGCUCUUAUGUAGUCUCUGCAUAUUGGAUUUUUUUUCCACCUGAGAGGACUUCUGGAAGACUAAUACCCAGCUUAACUUACUGACAUUGCCACAGUUUGUGUGCAGCAUGCACAUAUGUCACAGAUACACAGGAACGUGCUCUGAAUGCUUGCUAUGUAGAUAGCUUGAUGUGUCUUGGCACUUUUUGAGUGGAAAACUUUGGUUCACUUCAUUAAACUAACAAGGCAGAAUUUGUUGUAAACUUUAAACUUCAAAUAAUCCAUACUUUUGCCUGCUCAGAACCCUGAUCUCCUGAAUCUCCGUCUCUUUAAAAGAGCUGUUGCAGAGGGAAGCACUCUUGAUUCUGUCUGGUUGAGGAAAUUGCCUGCUUAGUUGUGCUGUGAGGCCAGCACAACCUCGACAGCCACUAGAGGGUACACAAGGACAAAGAUAUUUGCAUAGUUUUAUCUAGGGCUCUUUUUCAAUUUUUUUCAUAGUAUGUUCAAUUUUUUUCAUAGUAUGCUGGCCUUACAAAUACAAGUAGUUUGUUCUCCCGUGUGACAGUAUGUUUACCUAAGAUAAGCUACUAGUUUGUUUCUCUUUAAAGAAUGUUCUAUUGGUGCCUUUCACCUCACUUGAUCUUAACAAAUGAAACUACUGAUAAACUGCAAAUGUGUUCUUCAGAAGUGACGCAAGAAGGUUGAUUGUGUGUGUGUAUUAGGGGCGUUGUGUUUUGGUUUUAAAAAGUAAAAACACAUUGAGAUCUUGAAGAAGAACUGUAGGUCAUUGUAUCUGCCAACUAAUUGUAGAAGGUUGUCAUUUAUGCUGAAUCUAUAAAUUUUAUCCUCUGAAGUUGAAUAAAAAACCCCUGUUUGCCUCAAUUCCUCAAAAUGUGAUAAUCCAAUAAUGUAAAACCCACAGUAAUGGUCUGGAUUUCUUUCAGUCUUUACCAUGUGCAUUUUUGAACCUGGAUAAACAAAUCAUGAAGCUUUGAAUUAUUCAUUUAUCUAAGAUACAGCUUGUUCCCUGAACAAUACUUACUUUUUACUGUUUGCUUUGGCAUUUUUCUGCUCUUAAUUUUUUUCCAACCCUAAGUAAUUUUUUCUUGGCCCCUAGUUUAGCAGUAUACAGUGAAUACUUACUGAUCCAGCCCUUGUUUUCUAUUUCCUCAGUGCUCCUAAGCGGCUGCCUUUAUUCUGUUCCUUUUAGUGACUGCCAACUCCAGUUCUGCUAAUUUCCCCCAUAUAACUCCUGUACCUUCUUUACAGAGAGAGUCCUCUUUUUGCCACUUUCCCUUUGGUUAUGUACAUUGCAUCAGGGAGGUAGUCAGUACUUACCUCUGGUAGCUCUUUAAUAUGUCAAGUAGAUAAUGUGUCAAGUGAACAAAUAAGUGAUUCCCAUUACAUUGAUUGUAGAAUUUGCUAGAGACAUGUUAUAUCUCCUAUUUUAAAAAGGGACAGUUAUAGCUUCUAAAAUCAUAGAUUGUCCUGAUAAGCUUUUCUCUUUGAAAAGAAUAUUUCCCAUAAAUUGGAAACAUCAGAAGCUCAAGUAGAACUUGAGCUGUGUUCUCUGCAUUUGGUAUCAUAUAAGUGACUUCAGUUGCUACAGGGGGAGAGAAAGGGUAUGAAAGUACGGACUGACUCUUGGACAGAUCACUGAGAGUUGUACAAAACAAAAAAAUAGAAGUCUUGAUUUACUCAGAGUAUUGUGUUCAAUCAAAAUGCUAUUGUACUGAUACUGCUACUAUACUGAACUGCCAAUAUUUAUAAUGUAAUUUAAUUCACUUAAUUUAAUGUAAUUGAAUUAACAGAAAAGACAAAUUAAAAAAAAAAAUAAAUACAUAGUUUUUAAAGACGGGGAAAUAAGUAUUGGAAGGGGAAAUUACUACCCUCUUUUUAUGAUAGACCUAGUACUUCACAACAUUCUGAUAAUAAAAAAUAAUGCUAUGCAAAAUUCAGUUGCCCUGUUUCAAGUUACUAGUCACCAGAUGCAAACCCUUCAAAUUGUGAGGCACUAUUUUUAUGAAUUUUUAUAAUGGUUUAGAGACUAGCUUUAGUGAUAGAUUUGCUGUUUGUAGCUUGAACUAAUCUUAAAUGCACACAGAAACCUGAAGAAGCUAAAUGAAACAAAAGUUACAUCAAGAGUGAUGUAAUAAUGAUGAAAUACACAGUUGUGCUGCCUAUGAGCAUACUGAGCAAAUGUCAUAAUUUCCAGGACCUUAAAGUCCAGGAAAGUUACUGCUAAGAUCUUAACAGAAGAUGUGUCUGUGCUAAUUAUCCCCACAACGUAAACUUGAAUAUACUGAUACACAGUAAAUUCACAGUGAGGAGGUUGGAGAGCCACACAUCCAUUCUUUAAACUCCUUCCAAUGCCAAAGCAGCUUCUGUUUACCAAUUGUUGCUGUUCAUGCUCAUUUUGCAAAUCAAAUUCUGCCUGUUUGCACAGCUUUUUGGCUUACGUUGUUCUUGACUACCCUGAAGUCUCAGUUACUCUUCAGGGAUAUUAUACAAAGGUUAUUCAAGACAUUAUCAUACUACAACAUUUUUAUCUUGAGGGUCAUAAAAAAAAAAAAGGGAGAGCAAAAAUUCCUUUAACUGGAGUUUUUCAUGAAGACUGUGACUAUUACAGGCUUGUAUAAAAUUCAAUGUGCAUUAAAAAAUAAGAGGUUUUCAACCUUGUUUUGGAUUGGAUCAUCAAGAAAACAUGUAAAAUGUGUUUUUUAUUUGCAAAGACCACACUUCAGCUUUGUUAGUACCAUAUUUAAUAUGCUUCCAAGGCUAAAUGUCAUAAAAACCCAUACUUUACUCUUGCUUUAAUAGCAAUAACUCUGUGAGAUGUCAGGUGCCUCUUUUAAUCAGAAUUAGAGUGAAAAAACUCAUUUAGAGAUUGUUUCAUCCUAAAAUAGGUGGUUAAAAAAAGUUAAAUCACAUUUUUGACUGAGACCAAAAUGAAUACGUUAAAGGCUUGAUGUUAAGCCUGUCACACUAAGUCUAUGUCACUAGACUUGGUAGUGCCAGGAAGUUUUCUGGGACACUGUAGCUCAGUCAUCUGUACAGUUGGUUGUUAGAACACUUGCUGGCACAGAUUUUGGCCUGUGCUCAAUUCAGGAACUGGCAAGGUACCAUUUCUGGUGGGCACUUUAGAUGUGAUCAGCCUGUUAUGGGGUUCAGGAGGUAAAUAACAUUGAUGAAAUCUGUUCUGUGCGAGCUGGCCCCUGUGCCAAGGAUCAGUCCUUGGGAUACUUGGUUCUAGGCACACAGGUAAAAUUUCAGGUGAGAUUUGAUCUCUGGUAUGUGCAAUGAGAAGAAUUAAACUUCGGGAGAAAAAACAUGGUCCCUCGUCAAACUUCGACAGCAAUCUAGGAAUUUUUAAAAAAAUAUUCCUCUGCAUUCCCUCCAUGCAAUUGCCUCUAAAUGACUAAAUUGAUAGGCUCUAAAUGCCUACCAAUAGCCACAUUCAGCAACAUUUUUUUAUGAAUAUGCAGAUUAUAGAUGGUGGCAAAGUACUAGCUAUAUGUCUCUGCUCCAUCAUACCUUUCUUAAUUAAAAGUAGAUGAUGAACUUAAUUUUUUUUUUUUAAGUGUAGAAGUUUUGGAAUCCUUGCUCUAUAUCUUCUCAUAGAAUGAUUCCACAUGCAAAUUACUUAUAUAAUGUGUGUAUAUCAAUUAGACUGACACAAUGUAGUAUUUAAAUAUAAUUGCAUUGAGGGCCUAACUCUAAAAAAGAAGUUUUGAGUUAAUGUGUUCCAAUUGCAAAAAUCAGUAUAUGAUUUAAAGCAGAUAAAGAUGUUUCUCUUGAACUCUGUUUGGUAACAGAACUAAUAACCCUAAAGAGCUCUUAAUGGGAAACCUCAAAGAAAGAAAAAAGAUUUCCACAUAAAACUGCACAGUAAUAUUCCUAAUGCAGAGGCUAGCCAGUACUUUGGCUUUCUCAUGUAAAUAUCAUAAACUGAAAAAGACACCAAAUUUAUUUAAGUGUCUUUCUUGCAGAGAAAAAUGUCAAUAUUUUUUAUUUUAUUUAAAGCACAUGCAUGUCCCACCAAAAGUGGAUCAGACUGAUUCUUCCAAGAGUCCCUUCUGUGCUGUGUGGUUUAAUGCCACACAGCUCUUCACUGCGUUGUUUGGAGUUUGCUUUUACCUUCAGCAGAGCUCAUGCCAUUUAGUAGUUGUUGGUGUUUUCAGUGUAUGACAUGAUUUUGUAUGUGGCAUCCUCAUUUCACUUGUGUUUUACUGCAUGUUUUUAGUCUGAAAAUGGUGUUUAACUGCAUGAUGUUUGAUACAAUUGUUCUCAAGCUUUUUUUGAGAAUUACUGUGCAUGCAGCAGUUUCUCAUCAAAGAUCUCCUGCAUACUGAGUGAUCUAUCUCACUUCACAGGUUAUAUGACUGAGGGACAGCUGCACUGAUACAUUGAUUCAUGACAACAUUGAGUCAUGUAGUCCCAAAACUUGCAGUACAGCUGCAGAUCCAGGUUUUGUCCUUAGAGCCUUCUACCAACAUCAGAAACUUAGAUGAACAGUUAACAAAGUUAACAAAGAGUUAACAAAGAGGUAACUUAGUAAAAGGGGAGUGAAAGUUAUUUCAUCUAGAGCAGGAGGUGUAAGUACUCAUGAUGAUGUUGAAGUGCGAUCGCCUGGCCAGGCUAACUGACCAAAGAAACGCAGCAUAGUAGUUUGCCACAAGAGUCUGGUCAUUUAGAGACCUUGGAUCCCACCUUCAACUAGCUCACAAUUUUUAUUUGGAGUCACAAGAUAUAAAAUAAAGUACAGUCAUUUGUAGCUACAUUUACAGGCCUUGUACAUGGUUCAGAGUGUCUAAUGCUGCAUUUUGAUAAUUCCAUCGAUCUGACUUGAAGAUUUUCCUCAGUAAAGCAAAAGAGAAACCUUGUCAGCUGCACCCCAGUAGGAGAUGAUGUGCCAGUAAGUGAUUGAGCACUUCAGCUGGUGUCUCUUGGAUUUAGGUGUCAUGUCAAAUGAUUGCUUGAUUUGCUUAUACCUGUCUUCUGGGUAAUAGCAGAGUGCUUCAGCAUUUGUACAUAAAGCAAAGUUUUUGUGGUUAAAGCCCAAACUCCUAUUCUCCAAGACAAUUUUUAAUAGUAUACUUGAGAAAUACAUGUAAUAGUUAAUUUCUGUGGGUGUAUGAUUUCCAGCAAUAAAAGUGCAUAAAGUCCUGCA